AUGAAUGUCACGAACGUCUAUCGCAACGACUCUUUGGACCGAUUCGGUGAUGAUUUGUGUCAACACUUAUUGUCUUAUCUCGAACUCGAAGACCGGUUCCGAUGUGAAUGUGUGUCCAAACAGUGGCAGCGAUUGAUAUAUAAGACACAAACAGCUCUUAUUGUGGACUCAAAAUAUUGCCAUCAUUUGAGUGAUAUGUGUGUCAACCAGGACACCGAUAUAAGCGCGCAAACAUUGACUAACUUUUUCGCAAAGUUUGCCAAACAAUUAAAGUCAUUCAUGGACUCCGAGUGGGAAAGCAAUGUUAACAAGCAACUGUUCGUCACGAGCCUGAAGUUAUGCACGAAUUUGUCGCAACUUCAUUUGUUUUGCGACCAAGAUGAUAUACAUUUGUCGUAUGUGUUAAGUGGUGAUAGGAAUGUGGUGUUGUUUCCGAGAUUACAAACUCUUCGCUUUGAAUACAUGAAGGAAGACGUGAAUAGCAUUGAAGACGUUGUGAGAAAUUACAGCAAAAGUUUGAAAACAAUUGAAGUGUAUAUCGGUUGGGAUUGCGAUGAGAAAGAAAUUGAUGUACUGAUGACUGGAAUUGCGUUCAAGUAUAACUUUCUACAUGAAGGCAAAGCACAGAAAUAUUUACUGUCAACACAUCCCUCACAUGUGACCACAGAGACCAUGGAUUCACAGGAAUUAACAUUUUCUGAGGCCUACAGAAACAAACUCCGGAAUCGACUGAAAUCAGCGAAAAUCCGCACAAAACAGAAGUUCAGCGCAAAGGAGGCGCUCGAGACCCACGACAACGAAUUGAGGCGUGAGAUCGAGACUCAUCUGAACGCCAGAAACCAAUGGAAACAACAGAUAUCCCAAGAGUUGAGCGCAGAGUUCAUCGAAAACAGCGCCUCCAGAGAGGAGUCCGAAGAGUUCUUCUUCGGAACCGAUGUGUCGAUCGAGGGAUCAAAUACUGAGCCGAAGACGGAGCCAAAGAGCGAGACAUCGCCUAAAAGAGUGGGAGAAGAAGCGAUUGACAUCGAGGGCCAGGACUCGCGGCCACUGGUUAUCGAUAUGUUUAGUUCCACUCAUAACUGGAAGUUCUUUGACAGAAACGAAUCGGUGGUUAAGUCGAGGAAAGAUCGGAUUAGAGAUGAGAUGAAGUUUCUGUACAUACCGUCCGAUAAGGGGCUGGAAGUGAUGGAUGAGUUGGCGGCUCAUCAAGAGUUGGAUUCGUUGAACAAAAUCAACGAAAAUAUUUCGGCGAAGAAUUUGAUGAAAAUUAAGAACCGAUUGAUUGGCGAAGGAUUGAGAGACAAGUUUUUGGACACAAACGCGUGUUUUCUUGAGAAUAACGAUAGGAUUGAGAUUAAAAACUCUAUAUAUUUUGAUCCCCAGUUGGGUUCAGACAAAGAACUUAUCACUGAAUCCAAGCCAACUGUCCGCUCGUUUCGGGAGAUAAUUAUGCAGUGGUUUAGAGGCGAAGAAAACAGCGAUUUUCUGGUCGACGGAAGAGUAGCUGCGAGUAAUCGACUCAAAGAGCGGAGGUUUUCGCAGAGUUUAGGCACUCUUAGUGUUGAAGAAUUGGAUCAAUUGAUGCAACAGUUGAAGGUUCAGGAGUCGGUUGAACCCAACAAUUCGGUGCUAAUCAAUCGCAUCGAGACGUACAGACAGGCCAUCAAUGGCUCGUCAGCGACUGAUUCGGCGAAGAUCUCGGCCAAAGAGCUCGAGUUCGCCACCGAUGAGGACAUCGACAACAACCGGCGCUUCCGUUUACUGCGCGCGCGAUGGGAAGGAGUGCUGCCAUUCAGAAACUACCGGUUCGUACCGCUCAACGAGAAGGAGAUACCGGCGGAUCUGUUUGAGGAUAAGCCGAAGAUUCAGAGCUCAUCGAGUACUAAACAACAGUUUGAAGACAAACGCGAGGCUGCCAUCGAUAUGCUGACAAAAGUGGGCCAACAGCUGAUUAAACAGUCGAGCGGUACGGCUGACAGACCCCGUACUCUGGAGGAUAUGGUGGUCGAGGAGGAUGUGCUCGGAUUCAGUGCCAUUGGGUUUACACUCAUACAACCGGUGGGUCAGCAACAGAGACCAUUGAAUCCGCAGCGAAAGGAGCGCAAGAAGAUAGCAAUCAAUUUGAUGAGCAAUUCUGAGAUUAAGAUUGUCAUCACAAUUAUGCACGGCUUGAAUGUGCCCGUCCGCAAGAAGGACACCGUCAGCACCAGUUAUGGUGGCAGUGGAGGAGAUAAUAGCUUUCCCUACGAGUGCAAAGUGUGUCCAUUCGUUGAGGCGGUGUUUCAACGAGAAUCUGCCCGAACCAACACCGCUGAGGGCACUAAACCCACGUGGAAUGAGACACUUUCCCUGAAGUUCAAAGCUCCAGAAGGCGAUAGUUUGACAUCAAGUUUGGCCAAAAUAACUGAUUGUAUUUAUUUGAAUCUCUUCGAUGAGGUGGUGCUCGACUCGGAUGAGACAAUUACUAGCGAUGGCCAGAAAGUGAUACACAAGCGAACAGAGCGCCGGUGGUUGGGCUCACUUAAGAUACCAUUUUCUACACUGUAUCUCAACUCUAAAAUUGAAGGCACAUUCAGUUUAAGCACACCAUUGCUUCUGUUGGGCUAUGAAUACGACACCAAAAACUAUCUGUUGGGCGCCGACACCACUGCUAAAGACUCGUCCAAACAGACAUACCUAACGCUAUUUGUGACAGUCGACCCGUCCCUACAACUGCCCGAACCGCUGGUCAUAAAAUGCGAUACAAUAGAGAGCGACUCAUUGAACAUUUACGCCAAGAAGUGGCAAAACAAACUCAAACAGGAGUUCCCCACCAGAAAUGUCAAGACACUGGCCGUUACCAUGGAGGCCAAGUCGGUGCUCGUGUGCCGAUACUUGCAUCCACUUAAACCGCCCGAAGACUUUUUGGUCAACUUUAACGUCACGGCAGAUAUAAUGCAACGCUUGGCUCGGUUUGUGUCACUCAUACCGGAGCUGCCCGACAGCGUAGCCCUUCCCGGCGUUUGCGACAUUUGGUGCACUUGUGACCAGUUCUUAGACAUGUUGUUAGGCGGCGAAGAGGAACACGCGGUCCUUCUCUGCAAUUACUUCCUAUACCUCGAGAAAAGGGCCGCCAUUUUGCUGGGCUAUGGCAUACCGGAGGGCUCCACGGCUUACGUAAUUGUCUUUGAGUACGGCAGAGAUCCCAUUGUCUUCAACGCCUCCACUGGCGAACAGUUUAGUGUCAGAGAUAGUUAUCUGCCGUUGACUUCAAUCGGUUGUGUUAUAACACAGGAAAAUAUUUACGCAAAUAUCUCGAAAUCAGAUCAUCCGAAUCGUCUGAAUUAUGACAUCAGUAAGAGCUCCGAUUGGCGACCUUUUUUCGGCAAACAGUAUCCAAUGCCACCGAUUGUCAGCAUUCAGCCGGGAUCCUUGACAUACACGUCCAGCGACUUCGACAACGCGAUGAAACUUCAGGAGAAACUGGACAGACAUCUGAGGGAGUCGUUCAUGCGAUGGCGCAAACGGAACCGCACUUUCUUUAACCGACACGUGAUUCAGUCCAUUAAGAAAAUGCUGCCCCGACUGGAGAGCGCCGGCAAAGUGCAGGUCAAUGAUCUCAUACAAGAACUACACGACGUCUUCGUCCUACACGAGAUGACUGGUUUCCCGUUGAAUAUGCCGUACAAUGACUUCGCGUCCAUCACUGAAGCCGUGUUCGCCACUGGAGUCCAUUUGGCUGAGGAUAAGAGAGUGGAGUUCGCGCUCACAGUCUAUGUCCACCCCUACCCGUCCAGUAUAUUCUCGGUGUGGGUAUACGUGGCCGCACUCACCAGGCAUUCAUAGGUCUAAAAAUUGACUGGAC